AUGGCCAACAACAAUGACCACUAUCUCACUCUUUCGUGCCCGGACAAACCGGGCAUUGUCCAUGCCGUGACGGGACUGUUGGCCAAACACAGCUUGAACAUUUUGGACCUUCAACAAUUCUCAGACCGGACAUCGGAGAAGUUCUUCAUGAGAGUACACUUUGGCCAUGCGGAAUCGACGGCGCACAUCCAGGGGCCUAUGGCCGAGCUCAAGUCGGAGCUCAAGAUGGACUACUACGAGCUGCGGCCGGCAAGCGAGAAGCCCAAGGUGCUCAUCAUGGUGUCCAAGAUCGGGCACUGCCUCAACGAUCUGCUCUUCCGGACCAAGAACAACAAACUCGGCAUCGACGUGCCCCUGAUCGUAUCCAACCACCCGGACUUCAAGCCCCUGGCCGAGAGCUACAAUAUCCCCUUCCACCACCUGCCGGUAAACAAGGACACCAAGCUCGAGCAGGAACGCGCCAUCCUCGACCUCAUCAAGCAACACGACAUUGACUUGGUCGUGCUGGCUCGCUACAUGCAAGUCCUGACCCCCGGGCUGUGCGAGGCCAUGAGUGGCAAGAUUAUCAAUAUUCACCACAGCUUCUUACCCAGCUUCAAGGGCGCGAAACCUUACCACCAGGCCCACGAGCGCGGCGUUAAGAUUAUUGGGGCUACGGCGCAUUUCGUUACGGCUGAUCUGGAUGAGGGCCCUAUUAUUGAGCAGCGCGUUGCGAGGGUCGAUCAUGCCAUGAGCCCCAAGGAGCUGGUCGAGGAGGGCAGCAAUGUUGAGAGUCAGGUUUUGGCGGCCGCGGUGAAGUGGUGGAGCGAGAAGAGGGUUUUCUUGAACGGGACCAAGACCGUGGUGUUUAACUAA